AUGACUUUCGACGCUGAAGACAUCGAAGAGGAUAUGGAACAUCACAAUGAUCCUUUGGUCCUCAUGUUACCAGUAGCAGGAUGCAAUAUCAAGAAGAUCCUUAUCGACGGAGGGAGCUCAGUUAAUGUUCUGUUUUAUGACACAUUCAAACGAAUGGAGCUUAACGAUGAACAACUAAUGUCUUCGUACUACACCAUCUACGGGUUUAACGGGGCACCUACGAAGCCAUUAGGAGACAUCAUCUUGCAAGUAAACGCAUGCCCCAUGAAAGUGGACACACGAUUCAGCGUGGUAGAUGCUCCUUCCCCUUAUAAUGCUAUUAUUGGCCGAAGAUGGGUGCACAAUCUCAAAGGAGUGGCGGAAACUUAUCACCAAUACCUCAGAUUUCCAACACCCGAAGGGGUAAUGUAG